UUGAAAAAUGUGAAUAAAAGAGGUUGAACUUUGAAGGUUAUCAUCUAGCAAUUUGCUCUGAGAUUAGGAGGAAGUGGAGAUAGAAAGUCAUAGUGAACUGCAGAUAAAAUAACCGGGACCGAGAGGGAUCGGCCAGUGGGACUUGGGGUGAAAUUGUUGCAGUUUAUAUAUGGAAAUCGCUUCUCCUCCUCGCAUCUCUUCGCUUACGCCUCGCUAUAGAAUACCGAGGAAUUCUGCUACGUCGUCUUUGUUGCCGUUGUUCGCUUUCAAGGGACUUCAUUUUGGCUUCUCUUCAUAUGAAUGGGCAACAUUGAGGGGUUCAUAUAAUGCUGCUGAAAAUAGCAUUUUCUGGAUUCGAAGGGAGUGUGCUGGUGGGUCGUGGUAUUGUCAUAAUCUAAAAGUGGAUAUCAACAGACCAUUACAUAAUAAGACAUUACCUAACCGAAAUGGCUUGUCCAGAACUAUUGUAAGAUCUGAACUUGCAGGAACUGGGAUUCCUGAAUCUGUCAAUCCAUUAUCAGAACUUAAAUUGGGCAGCAAGAUUAGAGGAAUAUGCUUUUAUGCUAUUACUGCUGUCGCAGCUAUUUUUUUCUUUGUGCUGAUGCUAAUUGGACAUCCCUUUGUCCUGUUGUUUGAUCGAUAUAGAAGAAAAUUUCAUCAUUUUAUUGCUAAAAUUUGGGCAACAGCAACUGUUACUCCUUUUUUCAAAAUUGAAUUUGAGGGAUUGGAGAAUCUGCCUCCACCAGAUACUCCUGCUGUGUAUGUAUCUAACCACCAGAGUUUUCUGGACAUAUAUACACUUCUUACUCUUGGGAGAACCUUCAAGUUCAUCAGCAAGACUGGAAUUUUUCUUUUCCCCAUAAUUGGGUGGGCAAUGUUUAUGAUGGGUCUCAUUCCUUUGAAACGCAUGGAUAGCAGAAGCCAGUUGGAGUGCUUGAAACGGUGCAUGGAUCUUGUCAGGAAGGGGGCCUCUGUCUUCUUCUUCCCAGAGGGAACAAGGAGUAAAGAUGGAGAACUUCAUCCAUUUAAGAAAGGUGCAUUCAGUGUAGCAGCAAAAACUGGAGUACCUGUGGUACCUAUUACUCUUAUGGGAACUGGCAAAAUAAUGCCUGCAGGAAUGGAGGGUAUUUUGAAUCCAGGGUUAGUAAAAGUUGUUGUUCAUAAGCCCAUAGAAGGAAGUAAUGCAGAUGUAUUAUGUAGAGAAGCUAGAAACACAAUUGCUGAUGUGCUAAAUCAUCAAUCCUGAGAAAUCUAAUGCUACUAACUCUGCCUACUUCAAUGUUUAUACUUAAUCCGGUGUUGAAGAAACAUAAUCCAAAAGUUGGAAGGAAUAGGUGCAUGGUCACUAAUGAGUUUCGCUUCUUCAAGAUUGCAAAUCUUCCCGUGACAUGGACUCCAACAGCGAAUGAACUGAAUGACUGGGUCAAUCAGAAUUUUUAGUGACAUGAAACCAAUGUUAUUAGAGCAGAAAGCCAGAAGCCCCCAAAAGGGAAGAAGUCGUCUAAGCAUGGUUGGCAAGAUUUAGUGGACCACAUUAUGUACCUACACGAGGUUUGGAGCACGUAACAUGUUCGAGAUUCAUUGCACUGGUCAAAUCAUACGGACGCCUUUUCAUCAGGGUUAAAACCCAAUUCCAGCAAGUAAAAUUGCUUUAACCUUCUUGAAGCUUAAAAUAAAUAUAGGCAAAGAUCUUUUUUCUACUUUUAUUUUUAACCAUUUACCCUCUAAUUAAAUAAAUAUAUGCAAUAAUUAAUGUUUGAUAGUACUAAAAUGUUAUUA